CCAUAUAUGGAUGAAAACUUUGUUUCAAGAGCCUUUGCCACCAUGGGAGAGCUUGUACUGAGUGUAAAAAUCAUUCGAAACAGGUUGACAGGAAUUCCAGCAGGCUAUUGCUUUGUAGAGUUUGCAGAUCUAGCUACUGCGGAGAAAUGUUUACACAAAAUCAAUGGAAAACCGCUUCCUGGUGCUACACCGGCAAAGCGAUUUAAAUUGAAUUAUGCAACGUAUGGAAAACAGCCUGAUAACAGUCCAGAAUAUUCACUAUUUGUGGGAGACCUGACUCCUGAUGUGGAUGAUGGCAUGUUAUAUGAAUUUUUUGUUAAAGUUUAUCCAUCGUGUAGAGGUGGAAAAGUUGUUUUGGACCAGGCAGGAGUAUCCAGAGGUUACGGGUUCGUGAAAUUCACGGAUGAACUGGAACAGAAAAGAGCGCUGACAGAGUGCCAAGGAGCUGUGGGGCUGGGCUCUAAACCUGUUCGCUUGAGUGUGGCUAUACCAAAAGCUAAUCGUGUGAAACCAAUGGAAUACAAUCAGAUGUACAACUAUAAUUAUAACCAGUAUUACCAACAAUAUCACAACUACUAUGCCCAGUGGGGGUACGACCAGAACACAGGCAGUUACAGCUACAGCUAUCCCCAGUACGGAUACACGCAGAGCACGAUGCAGACAUAUGAAGAAGUCGGUGAGGAUGCAUUGGAAGAUCCAACGCCUCAGUUAGACGUCCAUGAAGCAAAUAAACAGUUUAUGGAACAGAGUGAAGAGCUCUACGAUGCCUUAAUGGACUGUCAUUGGCAGCCUUUGGACACUGUCUCGUCAGAGAUUCCAGCUGUGUUAUAG